AUGGCAUCCAUGGAGCCUAAUGAGGGGGAAAUUGGUAUGGUGAUGGAGGUUUGCAAUCUGAAUGCCAUACAUGAUCGCGACUUGGUUAUACAGGCCCUCAAGCUCAACAACCGUGACCCCGAAAGAGUUGCCGAGCAAUGGUUCAAUGAUGAAGAAGGCUCGUACCAAGGUGUCCCAAACAGCCAGGCCCAGGAAGAUGACGACGUACAACGAGCCAUUCGCGAGUCGGCACAAGAAGCUGGCAUAACGAUACCUCAACAAGAAACCGGCUUUACAGGACCAUCGGAGCCGGCGCCAAUCCAGUUUGGACCUGCCAAUCGCGAAACCUAUAAUGCAGCAGACUGGGCAAUGGUCCCUACUGGAUCGGCCAGCAAGUCUGAGACGCCAGUGGAUGGACCUUCGGCAUCGAAAAGAAAGCGGACGCCAGGCGCUCCUGCAAUGUUGACGACGACCGGCACAGCGACCUAUCAUCGACUCGGCGGACUCCUCACGAUCAUGCAUGAAAUCCCCAUGGCCAGAAACGUACUUCUCAAUAUUGGCGACUUGGCUCCGACAUACGGCAACAACAAAGACUGGUGGAGAGGUGAAGAAAUCCUAGCGCCAGAAGUUUUGGCUAAGAUGAAUAACGAACAGAGCUGGAACAGCGGUGAUUUUAAUAGUGGCACUGCGUUUGAGGAGGAAAUUCACCGUCUAAUGGCUUUCCUGGACUCCACCGAGCGUGGGUAUGGCUCAACAUAUGUGCUGGUGGACUUGAUGGAACACAGCGGCCUUGACAAAGAGAAGCGAUUUUACGAGAUGCUUGGUCAGAGACAUCUGGAAACGAUCCGGCCGAUCAUGCAAGUUGCUAGUCUUGCAUUAUUCCAUGGCGACAUUCUGGAAGAGGACGCAACUUUCGGCAUGCUCGAGAUAGAGCACACACGUAACGAGUACAAGUGCAUCAAGACCUUGUAUGAGGCACUUGACCAUGUAAUGUGGAGCGAUACGCUUGGGUCCGAGACGAUUAACGAAGACUCUAAAGUGGCUUUUUUCAAGGAGAUGGGUGAAGUAUUGGUACUCGACAUUGGUUGCGACGGACCAAAGGACCCAAUAGAAAUACCGCAGGAAUUCUACCCAGAAAAGUACAUGAUAUCGCGGAGGGACCAUGCCCGCCGCAUCCAGUACGGUUGGCGCCAGACCAAAAAAGAGAUGGCACGCCUUGAGAAGGAAAAGGAGAAAAUUGAUCACCUGGCCGAGGCUUGGGUCACCGAUAAAGCCAAGACCAAAUCCGACCUCUUGAAAAGGUCGGCAGAGCAGUGGGAAGGUUACAAGAGCUAUCUUGAUGGGCUUGGAAAGUUCCAGGCAUUGGAGAAAUCUGGAUUUGACACAAGCAAGUACCCCGACUAUCAUCAGGCUGUUCCUGAUCGCGAUGGCGCUGCGAAGGAACAGUACCAGACGGUUGAGGAGGUGAUUCAGUACUCGAAAAGGCUGCUCGAAAGUCUUGACAAGAGGAUCAAAGAGGUCGAUGCGGAAAUGGAACAGAUGGUAAGGAAGCAGAGGGCCCUAGGGAGGCUUCUGACUGUGCCAGACAAGCCAGGUCGCCCGGAGCCUAUGACCUGCAAAAAGUACCUACUCCGUGGAGUGGCCACAUCUCCUCAUAUAAUAUAUGUCUGUCAACGCGAGGAAGAAGAUUUGAUAGAAUUGAACGGGGAGGAGAGCAAACCAGCUGAGCAAUGGUGGAGACUGGCCUAUACUCCUUAUGGUGAUGAAACAGCCACCAGAGCAGAGAAACUGGAUAUCGAGCAAGUGUUCAAGGAGAUGUGGAAUGACACUACCAAGCCAUUGCUCGUAUAUGCCACCGAAGAGGCCCUCAAAACUCCCAAGCAACCCCUUCCACCUCAGCUUGAGCGAUUUGUCAAGAUAGACAACAAAUCUUUUCGACAAGAGUUGGCCGAGGAAGAGUCGACAGUUGAGGUCAAGACAACCCCAACCUUUGAUCCCAUCUCACCUUCCAAGAGAAAACACCGAGCCGACAGCGUUGGAUCAAUGGACAGCAACCGUGCAUCGAUUGGAAGCGAUGGUAGAAACGGGUGGGACCACCCAUUCUGGGACAACCCAUCCAAAGAUCAGGAUGAUGAAAUAGGUACCGAGAUGAAGGACUAUGGGGGUUCGUCAAACUAUAUUCAUAGUUCUGAUCUUCUUGAUGACGAUCCUCCCACACUCCCAGCUCGACCUCAGGCCUCGACUGCAUCCACAACGGAACCAACGUCGGCUACCCUAACGCCCAACACAGUCGGCGCUGAUAACACGGACAGCGCUCUGUCUAUGUCAGAGGAGUCUCGAAGCCCAGAAAUGCAAGAGAGGUCUAGGCCUCCUCCUAUGAUGUCAUGGAAAACCUCAUCUGAAAGAAAGGGGUCGGUCGACCUGAUAGAUAUCGACAUGGACAUGCCAAAUGAGAAGCAGUAG